AUGACUGAGAAUGUUGACGUACUUAUCUGCGGAUCCGGCUCUGCUGGUCUUUGUGCUGCGUUAUGGUUGUCGAUCUAUGGUAUCAAGUCCGUGAAGAUAUUGGAGCGACGGUCUGGACCCAUGACCAUGGGUCAAGCUGACGGGGUGCAAUGUCGAACUGUCGAGGUUUUUGAGAGUUUCGGUAUUGCCGAGGAGCUUCUCCGAGAAGCAUAUCAUGUGCUCGAGGUGGCGUUCUGGUCCCCAGAUGGCAAGGGUGGGCUCCAUCGUAAGGGACGGACGGCAGAUACCCAGCCCGGCCUCAGUCAUCAGCCACACGUCAUCUUGAACCAGGCGAGAAUUAACGGCCUGCUGCUGGAAGCAAUGCGGAAAGCGAACGGCCAGGAGGUUGACUAUGGGUACACUGUCAAGACCGUUGAGGUGGACUCCGAACUGGCCAAAGUCCCCGAUUCAUAUUGCACUACCGUGGUGGCAGAGAAAGAUGGCAAGGAGGAAGUUUUCAAAGCGAAGUAUGUUCUGGGUUGCGAUGGCGCCCACAGCAUGGUACGCAGGUCUCUCGGGUAUCGAAUGAUUGGCGAUACAACAGAUGCUGUUUGGGGCGUCAUGGACAUAUAUCCUCGAACAGAUUUUCCAGACAUCCGACGAAAGUCCACUGUCCAUUCGGAGUCCGGUAUGAUUUUAAUUAUCCCCCGGGAGGGAGGGUCGUUGGUGCGCUUCUACAUUGAAUUUCCAGCGGGCACAAACGUCAAAGAAGUGACGCUCGAAGACCUACACAGGAAGGCACAGCAAGUCUUCAGCCCGUUCUCCAUGGAAUUCUCAGAGACAUACUGGUGGUCAUGUUAUUGUAUAGGUCAGCGACUCGCGGACCAUUUUACCAAGGACAACCGGGUCUUUCUCACAGGCGACGCUUUUCACACACAUUCACCCAAGGCCGGACAAGGGAUGAAUGUCAGUUUACAAGACGGAUACAACAUCGGCUGGAAGUUGGGUAUGAUUUUACAAGGGAAAGCUACCUCCGAGCUGCUGACGACGUAUAAUCUCGAACGCGGUAAAACUGCUGCCGACCUGAUCGACUUCGACAGGUGGUUCACCAAGCUAUUCGCUCUGAAGGAAGCCGGUCAGGAAAGCAAAAUGACGCCAGAACAAUUCCGACAAGCCUUUAUCAAGUCUGGCCGGUAUACUGCAGGCUUGACUGCCAAAUACGAGGACUCUAGCGUCACGUCUGCAGCGGGAAGCAGGCAGAGCCUAGCCGAGAAUGUAGUUGUUGGUAUGAGGUUCCCUAAUGCGCAGGUCGUGCGGUUCUGUGAUGCGAAAGCAAUGCCGUUGGUACAAGCACUCAAGGCAGACGGCCGAUGGCGGGUGAUGUUGUUUGCAGGAAAGAUUGGACAGGCCGAAACUCUUGCGAGAUUGAGAAAGGUUGCCGAGUAUCUAGAGUCCUCUACAGGUCCAGUCCGUGAAUAUACUUCACCAUCGGCGGACAUCGACAGCUUCAUCGAGCCAAUCGUGGUCUUCAGCGGCACACGAGUAGAGAUGGAACAGGAAGAGAUUCCGGACUAUUUCUGGCCAGUCUCUGGCAAGUGGAAAUUGAGAGAUUUACACAAGACUUUCGUCGACGACGAAAGCUAUAACUCGGGACACGGCCACGCGUACGAGAAAUACGGCAUCGACCCAGAUAUCGGUGCCACCAUCAUUGUUCGACCGGAUCAAUACGUCUCCAAAGUCACAUCUAUCGACGAUGUCGAAGGUAUAGGACACCUCUUCGAUGCGUUUUGCGUCUCACGGACCGAGAACGGGAUCCGGUGA